CAACUUCACGCAGCUAGUGGUUACUAGGCACAACGUUAGCUAGCUAGUUAGCUAUUUGUAUUAUUUGCCUUUGGCAUAAUCUCUAGAGAUUUCCUAAUUUUAUCACAUUUUAUUAUAGCUAUAUAUUUUGUCUCACACUUAUCACCAAGUGUUUGAAAAAACGUAUUUAAAAAAGAAGUUUAUUCGUUCUGACAAUCUUCAAGAAACGUUUCUAGCUAGUUAGUGCAAGUAAAGUUAGCGUCAACUGUAAGCCAGCGACGGCACUUGGUUAUUGUUGAGUUAAUUAGCUAUAUAGCUCACUUUAUUUGUCAGUAACGUACAAGGCGAUUUUGUCAGUUUCAACCAUGGAUCAAGUUGGAAUCGCUGCCAAAGAAACAAAGAGUCCUUGGGGCGCACCUAACCAAGUGGGGGCACCCUGUUCCCUGUCUGAUGUCAUGAGUGAGGAGCUGGCCAAGCAGCUGGACCAAGAGUGCAGCUCCUUCCCCACAUGCCCCAAUGUGAGCGAGACUCUCUUUAUGGGCGAGGAUGCAGAUACCGCCAGUGACCUGAUGCUUGCACAGAUGUUGCAGAUGGAGUUCGACCGAGAGUUUGACACACAGUUACGUAGAGAGGAGAAGAAAUUCAAUGGGGACAGUAAAGUGUCAAUCUCUUUUGAGAAUUAUCGGAUGGUCCACCCCUUUGACAGCGACUGUUCUGAGGAUGAAGUGGAUUGGCAGGACACUCGCCAUGACCCCUACCGCGCUGAUAAGCCCAUGACUGCUCCACGGAAGGGAUUUGUUGGAAAAGGAAAGAACAUCACUACCAAGCACGAUGAGGUGGUGUGCGGCAGGAAAAACACGGCGCGCAUGGAGAAUUUUGCUCCUGAGGUUCAGGUGGGCGAUGGCAUCGGGAUGGACCUGAAGUUAUCAAAUCAGGUCUACAACGCCUUAAAACAACAUUGCUAUAGCGAGCAGCGCCGCAGUGCCCGUGUGCACGAGAAGAAGGAGCACUCCACCGCGGAACAAGCAGUGGAUCCCAAGACCCGUCUGCUCAUGUACAAGAUGGUGAAUGCUGGAAUUCUGGAGAAUAUCAAUGGCUGUAUUAGCACAGGGAAGGAGUCGGUGGUCUUCCAUGCCGAUGGAGGAAGUAUGGAGGACAAGGCUGUCCCUGAAGAGUGUGUUCUUAAGGUGUUCAAGACAACCCUGAAUGAAUUCAAGAACCGAGACAAGUACAUCAAGGAUGACUACCGCUUCAAGGACCGCUUCAGCAAGUUGAACCCACGCAAGGUCAUUCGCAUGUGGGCCGAGAAGGAGAUGCACAACCUGGCCAGGAUGAAGAAUGCAGGAAUUCUUUGCCCUGAGGUGGUCAUUCUGAAGAAGCACAUCUUGGUGAUGUCUUUUAUUGGCCAGAACCAUGUGCCAGCACCUAAACUGAAGGAGGUCAAGCUGGGCAGUGAGGAUAUGAAGGGCGCCUACUACCAGGUGCUACAUAUGAUGCAGCAGUUAUAUCAAGAAUGUAACCUUGUUCAUGCUGACCUUAGUGAGUACAACAUGCUGUGGCAUGAGGGGAAGGUGUGGGUUAUUGAUGUGAGUCAGUCGGUGGAACCUACCCACCCCCAUGGACUGGAGUUCCUGUUCCGAGACUGCAGGAAUGUGUCUACGUUCUUCCAGAAAGCUGGUGUAGCUGACACAAUGAAUGUUCAUGAUCUCUUCAACGCUGUGUCUGGCCUUCAGAUCAAUGCUGACAAUGAGGCAGAGUUCCUCGCCCAGAUUGAAGCAUUGGAGAGGAUGAAUGAAGACCAUGUACAGCAGAGUGGAAAAAAGGCCAUUGCCAUCAUGAGUGAUGUCGGGCCACCUCUAUUAAAUAGCGAUGAUGAUUAGCAAUGCUGCAAAACCGUGCUCAGUCGCAAAGAGCUGAUAUUUGGAGUAUGGGUUGAACAAAAUGGGAUAAUGGCCCCUGCUGGUCACUAAUCUCAGAGGAGGUGAGAAUGCUAGAGGCCUCUGGCAGCUUUCAUUUGCAAACUGCAUAAUAGCUGGUUGACUUGGAAUCCUGAUAUGCUCUUAACCACUGGUGUAAAUGGAGUUUGCUUGUGAUUAUUGCUUGAGGGGCAUAUUCUGCACAAAUAUGUUGCCUACUAUUGUGUUUUUUGCAAAACAGAAAUAUCAAUAUCAGUGGCAAGACUUGGGAAAUAGCUCUUGGUUAUUUUUAACCAUUUCUAAAACCGCUUUAAAUGUUCAAGAAAUGAAUUUGUAAUAACAGAAUAAAGGAUUGAUUAAAAUGAUUGAAAAUUGAUUACUGUUGUUUGCAAUGCUCAAAAAGAUACUAUUGCUGUGUUCAGGGUGAAUUAUUGCAUACAUGGCUUGUAGUUGCAGUUUUAUGCUCUAUGCAAUGCUGCCGACAAUGUAGAUGAAGGUCAUCGUGUGUUGUCUAUCAUGUUUACUCUGGGGUGCUGAAAGAAGAAAAUUUGUUUUGAAAUGAAUGUGUUUGUUUUUUGUUUUUCUAAAAAGAAAAUAAAUCAAAUUUCUUCACAA